AUGUGUCGGAAGCGACCCGACGAGGCUGAGUCGCAGCUGCACGGUCGUGCAAAGAACGACCGCGACCGCGUCGUGCGUUCCCCUGGUGGCCUGCGCACGGAUCCGCAAUGCUCGUGUUUUGCGGCCCGAUGCCCUGCUGGUUCAGAACGGAGUCAUGCCUUGGAGUCCAAAGGAAGAAGGAAGAGAUUAACGUUGAUACAACGCGAUGAAGCCGUUGCAACCUCAUGCCUGGCCCUUGGCGAUUCCGACAAGCCCUACAUGUACGACAAGACCGAAUCCAUCGCUACAACCCCGGCCAAGCCUUACGACGUCAAAUGGAAGCAGACCCGGAACAAAUUUUCCACUCAGACCAAGGGUGCGCUCGGCUCUGGGGUCGAAGGGCACUUCCCCGAUAUGUCUUCUCUCAAGAUUGGCCUGGGAUGCGGUCUCAACUGGGGAGACGGCCAAAUCCACGCCGGUUUCGACGGUGGUGAUCCCAACAUCGGUGUUGGAGGUGGUUUCACCUGGACUCGCCAUUCUCUCAGCGGCAUCGUUGGCGUCCACUACGACACGCAGAAGAUCAACCUCAAUUUAACUAUCACGAGUAGUGAUGAGGUGCUGUUCAGCGUUAAUGACAAGCCUAUCGACUGGGAUAAAGUGAUGCAGCUGGCCGAGCCGGAGGGGUACACUCAUGUUCAGACGGCCAAGAGGCCUUUUGGAAAGAUCGUUGGAGGCGUUAACCCAGUCGUGGAAGACAAGACUCAGUGA